CUCAAACUAUCAGUCAAUCGUUUUAGCGCGAAAGCGUUGGACGUUGUAAAAUUUUACACAGUUACUUACGAAAAAAUCUGUUUUGUGCUAUCAUUGCAUAGAAUCUAGAUUUUAAAUUUAAGUAAGGGUAAAAAAUAUUCAAUAAUUAAAUCAGGUUAUUUUUGUUUCAAAACGCUUUAGUCGAUUUAAUUUGUACGGAUAUUUUUAAACGCCUUUGCGCUUUCGAAAUUUGAAUUUUUCGUUCGGAUUAAAAAAUGAGUUUGAGCCGUUUGAUCCCUUCGAGAUGCGUUGUGAGGUGCGACCUAGUGAAAGUUUGUUCAUCUAACGUUGUUGCGAAACUUUGGGGACCUUGCGCCAGGGAAGUGACUACAAGCAGCACGCAACUGGCCAGUAUUGCCCAACACAACUCGAAGACCGAUUGGAAUAGGGCGGUGAGCGAGGCGGAGAAGAUCGUUGGCUAUCCGACCUCAUUCCUCAGCUUGCGAUGGAUCCUUAGCGAUGAAAUAGCGAAUGUCGCCCUACAUUUGCGAAAAUUGGUGGGAAGCAAUCAUCCUCUACUGAAAACUGCAAAGAAUCUAAUAUACAAUGGCAAGAACAACAUGCAAGCGUGGGGCCUCAUCGUGCUCCUGGUGUCCAAGGCGGCAGGCCACAGCGCCGAGAUUCCCGACAUGGAACAAGAUAAGGCCGCUGGAGUCUUGCACAGCCAACGUGCCCUCGCAGAGGUCACUGAGAUGAUCCGCACCUCUCACCUGGUUCACAAAGGGCUGGUGAACAUGAACGCGCGCCGCACCGCAGACGAACCCGACGAUAUGAUGUUCGGCAACAAAAUCGCCCUCCUCAGUGGGGACUACCUGCUAGCCAACUCUUGUACUGAACUGGCUAACUUAAGGAACCAAGAGUUAGUGGAGUUGAUGUCGUCAGCAGUCCGCGACUUGGCUGAAGCGGAGUUCCUUGGGGAGAGAGACGAGCAGAACAACCCGCUGCCGUCACGACCACUCGCGAAGGAGGACAGAGAGGAGGCAUCAGAAUGGGACUGCAUCCUGGACCCGCUGCCGAUGACUGGAGUGAUCGGGUGCGCGCGGCGGGAGUGGGCCGCGCGGCAUGUUCUGGCUGCAGGGGCGCUCCUUGGCAAGAGCUGCUCUGCCGCGCUCAAGCUGGCCGGACACAAUCAGGCACUGCAAACACAGGGCUAUCUCUUCGGUUGUCACCUAGCUCUGGCAUGGCAAGCGUUCCUCGACCUAGAGGCGUUCACGGGACCCGAACCUGCUACCUUCUCGUUAGUGGGAGCUCCCCUGGCGUUCACGCUGGAAGCCAGGCCCGAUUUGUACGAGUAUAUCGAGGCGGGAAGGACUAGCGUACAAGACGUCGAUUAUCAUGCAUUAUACAAGGCGGUGGUAGAAGGCCCGGGGAUAGAGCAGACGAAGCGUCUCCAGCGCGAGCACAGCGGCGCGGCGCGCGCGGUGCUGGGCGCCCUGCCGCGCGGCGACGCGCGCACCGCGCUCCACAACAUCCUCGCCGCCAUGGAGCACCACCUCUGACGCACCACACCGC